UUAAUUACGGUUCUGUCUAAAAUUUGGCACUUGUCCUUGUCACUAGUUACAGGUUUCUGUAAUAAACAUGAGGUUAAAUUUGAUUAAAAUCAUAAUAAGAUUGAAAUGUUGAAAACUUUAACGUGUCGCUCACUCACACAUCGAUCAUCAGGUUAUCUAACCCUGCUUUACAAAUCCAAAAUGUCGCAAAAUACAGUCCCUGUUGAGACUUCAAUUCGUGGAAAACUCAGUUCAGAGCUACAAACUACCCACUUGGAGGUCAUCAACGAGUCAUACAUGCACAACGUGCCUAAAGGCGCCGAGACACAUUUCAAAGUUGUGGUGGUCUCUGAGAAAUUUUCAGACCUGCCUUUAAUCAAGAGACACAGAUUGGUAAACGACAUUUUAAAGGAAGAAUUGCAAAGUGGAGUCCAUGCUCUCUCGAUUGUUGCCAAAACCCCUUCACAGUGGAGCAGCAGUGAGCAAAUAAUCGAACCCAGUCCUAACUGUAGGGGCGGCUUCGGCAAAUGAUUGUAGUACUUGAUAACUUAAUUAGAAUUGAACAAAAAAUUGUACAUUAUUGUCACAAUACGAAACUGUCUAAGCGUAA